AUGUCCGUUGCAUAUCUGACACUUGCUAUAACAGGCUUUUUAACUAGCCAUCCAACGCCUUUUGAUCUGCCUUUGAAUUUCAACCAUUCACAAUCUUCAAAUAACUUAAGUUGCACAUCUACAUUUUCAUAUUACAGGGUAUACCCUGAAGCGUUCCAUCAUAAGAUCCAAAAGCUCAGGAGUCGAGGAUCCGGUUUAUACUGCAGUUCUCUAGCUCCAGCCAUCACUCAAUGGCUUCUGCUGUAUCCUGACAAGUAUAUGAAAUUUGAAUCAACAGUUGAAGAAUAA